CCGGUCGGGCCAGGUUGCCACUGGCACUAUAAGUCUUUUUUUUCUUUUACAGUGGUGGGACUGAGUGGAUCGUAUCAUUAUUUUUUCUGAUCCCCUAUAACAUUUGUUACAUUAGGCUAAAACAGAAACAUGGCUGACACAAAAGUCGACAAGAAGGAGAUCUCUGCCAAGGACCUGAAAGAGAAGAAGCUUGUUGAGGAGGCAGAAAAUGGAAAAGAUGCCCCAGCCAAUGGGAAAAAAGCUAAGGAGGCUGAGGAGAAUGGAGAUGUAGAGGAUGUAGACGAGGAGGAGGAGGUGGGAGAGGAGGAGGAUGAGGAAGAGGAUGUUGAGGGCGACGAAGAUGAUGAAGAUGACGAUGAGGUCGAGGGUCGCGCAGGCAAGAGGGCGGCGGAAGAUGAUGAUGACGAUGAUGAUGAUGAUGAGGAGGAUGUUGGAACGAAGAAGCAGAAAACCGAUGAUGAUUAAGAGUUGUGUUUCAACCCGCUGGAAGCCCCUGUAACCUCUCUCCUAGACCACCGAGCGUUUUGGAGGGAAACUGUGGUCAUCAUCAAGUAGAGUCCAACGUCCGUGUACACACACCCAACGUCCGUGUACACACACACCCAACUGCAAAUUUUUUAGAAUACCCAAGACUUCAAAGUUCUACCUUCUUAACAAGAUACAGUACUUUAAAAGGAGAAUUUGUUUGUAUUUUUAUUUACAUUUUAUAUUUUUGUACAUAUUGUUAGGAGGUCAGCCAUUUUUUCGACAGUGAUCUCUGGUUACCAAACGGUGCUUUGGAGUUGAUGCUUCUCUAUGAAAUAGACUUUACUUGUGGUUUGACCAUGUCAUGUUAUCUCAACACAAACUUGUACAAAUUUCAGAAAACAAUUAAAUUUAAAGCAUUCCAGUAACUUUGUAUUUGUACUUUAGUUGUACCAUACGUAGUUGGUUUGUAUGAGAUGGCAAGGCCAAAGAAAAGAGGUUUCUUUUCUUUUAUGUCGUUUAAAUUGCUGUCUGUUGUGGCCUGUUCAAUGUACGUGUGAAUUUGUUGUAAGACAAUAAACCAGAAUUUUAGUUUGUGAGCA